UAUCCAACCUAUAUAAGGAGGCAACGUAGUCGAAGCGGUACUCACUUUUGGAGAUCCGUGUAGAAAGGACGCGUGGUAUCUUCACGGAAAUGGGCUUCACUGGAAGCUACUUCGUAAAACUUCUUUAUAUCGCCAUAGUCAACGCGAUUUUUCUUCCAACGAUUGUAUGUCAAGAGGAAGAGAUCAACAAUCAAUGCAUACCGAAAAAGGACUUCAUCGCACUUCUGCGUCUUCCGGAAGCAAGUUCAAAUUUAGCAGCUUAUUCGCGAACGGCUCGGAUCAUUCACGAUGCAAAGAAUCGUAACGACAUGGCUCAUUUGAAAGCACUCAGUAUCGAGGAAAACGAUGACGCAGAGAUUUGUAUACCGGUUAGCCUCUACUUGGAACUCUUUAGGGAUCCAGCGAUGCGAGCUCAUUUGACGUCGAUUGGUAAAUCGUCCAAAUUACCGGAAUAUCCGUUCGGUCGUUCGUUCGAGGACGUCGAGGAAGACGAGCGAUUAACCGAAACAGGAAAACGAAGUCUCGCGACUUUGGCCAAGAAUGGCGACCUACCAGCUUCUAUUCAGGAACGUGAUAGGUACAGCUCUUGGACCGACGAGAGGUUGGAAGCGUUAUUGAAAGGUUUAAUAAAUGAAAACUCUGCACGAAAUAUUCCAGAGAUUCUCCGCCAGUAUACACUUAGCAAUGGAGAAUUGGAUAUAGAAUCUUUGAUACGUGAUUAUCCUCAUGGAAAAAGAAAUGUUGGCUCAUUGGCUCGAGACUUUGCUUUACCACCAACAGCUGGUAGAAGAAACAUUGCUUCUUUGGCACGUGAUCAUACAUUACCAAGUGGAAAGAGGAAUAUCGGUUCUCUCGCAAGGGAUCGAGCUUUGCCUUUGGCAGGGAAAAGGAAUAUUGCUGCCUUAGCUAGGACAUACAUGCUACCACAGUCAGGUAAAAAGGAAUACUUGCCUGAGGAAAUGUCACCGAUCGAGAGAAGAUUCCUGGAUUCUGUGGUUCGAUCAUCUGGAUUUCCUCUUCGUUCUUUGUACAAUGAAGAUAAAAGAAGCGUAGCCUCCUUGGCUAGAAAUUCAGCCUGGCCCGAUUCCAUGAAACGAGCUUAUGCUAUUCCACCCUACGGUAUGAUCCUUCGUACUAUGAACCGUCAGGGACGAUCCUUGAAGGACAAGCCCUUCGAACUUUAUCAGCUGGCCCGCGAGAGACACGACGAUGGAACCUCUAGCUUGUUCGGUGAUGAUCGAUUGGACUAUCUGAUGCGAGAUUCGGACGAUAGGAGGACGAAGAGGCAGAUAGAUUUCUCGAACGAGUAUCCUUUGCCCGUCAUGCAGAAUGCGAAUGUUCUUGAUUACGAGGAAAUGAUCGAGGCUCUUACUGGACAGUAUCCAAACACAGAGAAGAGAUUCAUGGGAACGGAGUCGGCUGCGUUGGAGUUACCGGUGGACACCUCGUUUCCCGUGGGAUAUGUCGAGACGUUUCAACCAAGUAAGAGACAUAUCGGGUCUCUGGCGCGGCAAGGUUUGCUACCAUCGCUCAGGGCGGCACGAUUCUCGCGAUCACCCCGGUAUCUGAUCGACAGGGAGAAUUCCGCAGAUGGGCCCACGUCCAACUACUCCUCCUACUCGACGACUUGGUCGUUAAGGCCCAUCCUUAGUUCUGGCUCUCCCAGAAUACGCUUUCUCCAGUCUUUAUGUGGAAAUUGUCACCAUGGCUUUCGAAGAUACCGUUCUAUUUCCCACAGACGAUAAUUCUCUUCAUUACCGACUGUUUAAAUAGUCUGAAUUAUGCAAGUAGCGAUGGGUAUAAACAAUGAUUCUUAACGUUGCACUUGUAAAAUACUGAUACUUUGAAGAUAUUUAGCUUUGAAAAACUGCUUUCUAUUUUGAUCUUUAAAUUAUUACAAAAGAAAAUAAUAUGAUAUAGAAACGAUUAUUUUAAAUAACAGCGAUAUAGAUGAAAUUGAAAGCUUGUAAAGGACUGAAUCGACAGACCCAUCGUUAAAUGCAAGAUUUAUAAUUACUGGCUCAUUAUCAUCUAUGAUUAAAUUAUCGUCGUAUAAACAUCAUGACGGGAUCAUACACAAUGUACGAAGUAUCGAAAAAACGACAAGAAAAAUAGAAGAAUACCCUCCGUCGAUGUAAAUAUUUUGUAAACCUAAGAUUUCGUGCUUCUUUAUCUAUGUACGGUAUCCGUUCAUUGAAAUUAUGAAAGCUUCGAAAUUCCACUUCUGCAAUUACGAUUCUACAGUAGACGAUUUAUUUUUUCUAAAACGAAUUAGAUUAGAGGAACAAACUAUCGGUCGUCCUUGUUAUAUCAUCUCAUUAAUUAUGAAAGAAAUGUAACCUUCGUCGUGAGAAAUAUGCGUUUACUGACAAUAAAUAAUGACAAUAAUUUUCUUUUCGAUACUUAAGAAUACUAUAAGCUAAAAUUGUUCAAAUGAUUAGAACCGUUCGUCGUUCAUAAGACAAUAAGUGUAUAAGCUCGAUGAUUAUAACUGCCCGUGCUUUUAGUCUCCUUCUAUCUUAUUAGAAUUAUUCUGCGUAAAAAAAAAUUUUCAAGCGUUUAUUUUGUUCUUAAGGAAAACUAUCUCUUUAAACUUCUGUACUCUAAACCUAUACUCCUUUCUCGAAUCGAUCAUCGUCUUGCUACGAUAGAACGGCUUACGAAGUCUGGAUAUAAUUUCCUUGCACAUAAUAAUAAACUUUCACAAUAUAAAACCCAAAUUAGUGAUUACGAUAUGUACUGAUAACGCGAAUUCGGUUCUUCCUUCGUACAUAUUACGCAUAAUUCGACUAUUAUUAAUGAGAUCGUCGUGUAUAAAUGUAUGUGAUGUUGUACGUAAUAAAUAUAAAAAGAGAAGGUUAAAUUUUCGAACAUGAAUAGUUUACCCGUUGAGAAAAUUUCGAAUGAGACUUUUCACUCGGGAGCUUUUUCAACUUGUUGCUGUGGAUGACAUAUAAACGAGUUUACGAUCCUUUGUCAUUAAAAUAAUGUAUUAUGUGUUUAAUUAUACUGUAAUGGAUAAAUAAUGUGACAAUAAAGCGAUAAUAGUAUUGAAAUAA